UUUUUACGACAGUUGAGAGCGGUAGGCGGCGCAGUAUGCCGAUUUCUAUGCGGACCUCAGCAUGGUGUGUUUUUACCUUGGAGUUUACUUGCAAGUGGAGACGGAUCAUCUUCCGGUCCAGUAAUAAAGCGUAUCAUAGACAAUACGGUAGUGUUUUUCAGAAAAACGCACAAUUUACCGGUGAGUUAAACCAUUUUACCAUUCUCGGAACGGGUCCCAACAUUACCCCCAGAUUCGGUUCCAUUUUUGACGUUCAGGUGUCCAGAAAAAGCAACAUGUCAUCCACGGCGAUGUCCCAACGAAUGGUUUGGGUGGACCUGGAGAUGACCGGUCUGGACAUUGAGAAGGACCAGAUAAUUGAAAUGGCAUGCAUUAUCACCGACUCUGACCUGAACAUUUUGGCUGAGGGGCCGAACUUGAUAAUUAACCAGCCUGACAAACUGCUAGAAGGCAUGUCUGAGUGGUGUAAAGAGCAUCAUGGGAAGUCAGGACUGACCCAGGCUGUGCGGGAUAGUAAAAUCACCCUGGAGCAAGCAGAGUAUGAGUUCCUUUCCUUCCUUCGGCAGCACACCCCACCUGGACAGUGUCCACUUGCAGGUAACUCUGUGCAUGCAGACAAAAGGUUCCUGGACAAGUACAUGCCACAGUUUAUGUACCACCUUCACUACAGAAUUAUUGAUGUCAGCACCAUUAAGGAGCUUUGCAGACAUCUUUUUGGACCUCAUGUUGAGUGUUCUAGUAAACAGCUACCAGAUGAAAAUGUAACAGAACCAAUUCCAGACCUGCAAAGGAUUUUCAUCCAGACGGUGGUUUCCAGAAGCAUACAAGAUGGUGCCUCACAAGAAGGCAACCCACAGAGCCUUGGGUGACAUCUACGAGAGCAUUAAAGAACUGCAGUACUACAGAGCCAAUGUCUUCAAAGUUUCAACAAUGGAAACAAAAUGCAAGAUUGUAGAGAAUGGAGGCAGCAACAAUAGUUAGUACAUAUGGUCACAAGACUGCGGCAAUGCUCUUUAAGUAUUGUGUUGGUAUAUUUCCCGUUUUCAUCAUGAAGCAGUUUCAUCAUUCAACGUGAUUGUCUUCAUUAAUUUUCUUUUCGUAAUUGGCUUCCUAAUGAUCGUUUAUUUCAGUAUUCAGAAGUUAAAUGUAUAGGUUUCAUCAGGGAAAGCAAGGUUGUGGUAACAUUUUAUCAUUUUAUUCAAGUUUAAAAUAUGGAUAUUUGAAUAAAAUCUCUCAUUUGCUCCUUUUUCUUUUUUUAAAAGACACCAAAUAAACUUGUCCCUGAGGAAAUGAUCCAG